AGACACGCUAACAAAAUACCGCCGUAACGACAUCUCCCCGCACCCGGGCCACGUCAGCGCGGCAUUUCGGUGGUGCUGGGGAGUGAAGUCACCGCGGGCGGCCGGCGGGGGGCGGGUAGCUAUCGCCGCACCCCCCCCCCCCCCUCCGUCCGCCGCCACCGGCGCAGGUCCGAGGCGCAGCGUCCGGCAGUUGUGAGUCGGGCCCGUUCGAUCCGGGAGCUCUGACCGGGCGGGGUGCGAGAGGCGAGGUGCAGUGGUGAGGAGGUCGCACUCGGGACAGUGGAGGGCUGUGGUGGUCAGCGAUCAACUGCAGGUUCGGCGUCAGUGGCCUCCGUCCGCCCAGUAAUUCGUCUGCCUUCACACCCAGAGUCCACAUUACCAUCCACACUACUGUCCACACCGUCCGCCAGUUGUGCUCCCCGGCUCCCCCAGCAGCAGCAGCUGCCAUGUCUGAGUCAGCCGGCGAGCAGCCCACACUGGGCUCCCAGUUCAAAAAGUUCAGCGUGUUCGGCCUCACGCACCAACAGGCCACGCCCCAGACGGCCGGCAUCACCCUCUCCAACGCCGACAAGUGGUUCAAACAAGCCGGCGUCAUCCCCAAGAUGGUCACCACCACGGACACGUCCAUCUGCUUCAGCAAGCUCAAACAGAAGAAGAUCGACUUCAAAGACUUCAAAAAGUACCUGGACGACAUCGCUGCGACCAAGAAGAUCCCUCUGGAGGAGCUGAAGAGCAAGCUGAUCAACUGCGGUGACCCGGGCACCAACCAUGCUACGAAAGCAGUGUCUGGCGGCGCGGUGGGCCGUCUCACGGACACCAGCAAGUACACGGGCCAGCACAAGGAGAGGUUUGACGAGUCGGGCAAGGGCAAAGGAAAGGCCGGACGCGAGGACCUGCACGCCAACGACGGCUACGUCUCCGGCUACAAGGAGAAGGGAUCCUACAACGACAAACACUGAGUUCAGAGGACGGCGAGUACGUCUCCGGCUACAAGGAGAAGGGAUCCUACAACGACAAACACUGAGGAACAGGAUUGACGGAGGAGUGGAAGGGCUUCUGUGACGAAGCGGAGCACUGAGCGAGGGGAGCCGGACGGCAGAGUGAGAGAUGGCGGAGAGAUUGGAUGGAGAUAAAGGGAGAUAAGUGGGAAUUGGAUCGGAGAUGAGGGAGGUGAAGAAAACAGAGAGGCGAAAGUUGGUAUGGUGGGGGCCAUGCAAAGGGCAGGGCGCAGUCAGCUAACAACAGACGACAACAGUAAGCAUAUUCCGAUCGCUGAUAGUUACAUGCAGAUUUGGCGUGCUCUGGAGCUGCAAUCUGGCUGGGAGUUUUUUUUUAGUUCAGUUUCAGCAGACAUGGAGUUCACACUCUCACAUUACAGAGAUCGAAUGAUAGGCUGCUUGAGGGAGGAUGGAUCAGCACCGCUCUACGACAUUUGACACCACCUUAGUUUGUACUGAUUAGCGAUGUUGUGGUACACAAACAUGACAGAGAACCAUCGUUUCAUCCAUUUGUCUUUUUCAUUGUGUAUUCUGCGCCAGGAAUGGAUAGAUGUAGAUGCAUGACUUCGCCAAGCCGUGUGCUUUUAGUCGGCUCAGCUACUGCAAAAUACUCUGUGGCACAUUUAACGUGAAGUAUCCCGCACUCGACGGAUAGAAAACUUGUGCCUGCUGAAAACGAAUUCCUUGAAGGGCUGGGCCGUGACAAAGUGAGUUCGAAUGAGCCUAAAGCAUUAUGAUGGCCCAUAUGUUUAGUGCCUGUGUGCUUACCUACGAUCACGGUGACUAUAAAUCGAUGUGGUGAUACAACAGUGGCUUCAGUAGGUACAUGUAGCUAAGCAAGCGAUGUUAGUCGCGUGCACUUGACACCCUGGCACUAUAUUGCUUUGACCUCUGAAUACACGGUUUGUCGCAAC